GACUCUGCCCAAUCGAAUCAAAAUAACCCCUCACCCUCACUCCAACUCCAACUCCAACUCUAACACACACACAGUGUGUUUAUGAACGCAACGCGAGUACGCAACCCCACCGUUUUUAUUCUCUUUUAUAUAUAUGUACUCUCCAAACAAAAAAAAUAAAAAUCAGGACAAAGGCCUUAUCUGACCGACUCUCAGACGACUCUCUCUCUCUCUCUCUCCUUCCCACUUCCCAGACGACACACACAGCUACAUAUAGACAUUCUAGCCAUACAGAAAUUUCCACAAACACAAAGAGUGCAAGCUGAGACAUGGUGAGGAUAAUACCCAUGGCGUCAACCAUUGGACCUUCUCUCUCCUCCUUCAAAUUCGCUUCUGCUUCUGCUUCUCCUCGCCUCUUCUCCUUUUCUCUCUCUUCUUCUUCUUGCACCAUCCCCUCUCGCCGUCUGUCUCUUUUGCAUCUUGGUAGCGCUGUUCCACAGUCACAUUUCUUUGGUCUGAGAGCUGCUAAGCUUUUGAGAAGAGAGGGUAAUGACAUGGGGGUGGCAGCAGCUGGAAAUGCAGCCCAAGCAAGCACAACUGCUACCCAGGAAAAUGUCCUAGAGUGGGUCAAGAAAGAUAAGCGAAGGAUGCUCCAUGUUGUUUACCGUGUUGGAGACUUGGACAGGACCAUAAAAUUCUACACAGAGUGCCUGGGAAUGAAGCUGCUGAGAAAACGUGACAUACCAGAGGAGAGAUACACAAAUGCUUUUCUUGGAUAUGGACCUGAAGAUUCUCACUUUGUUAUUGAACUCACUUAUAAUUAUGGAGUUGACAAGUAUGAUAUUGGAACUGGGUUUGGCCAUUUUGGUAUUGCUGUUGAAGAUGUUGCCAAGACUGUGGAACUCGUAAAGGCUAAGGGUGGAAAAGUAACCCGAGAACCUGGUCCUGUCAAAGGUGGCAGUACGGUGAUUGCAUUUGUUGAGGACCCUGAUGGUUACAAGUUUGAACUUUUGGAGAGAGGGCCUACUCCUGAGCCCUUGUGUCAAGUAAUGCUCCGUGUAGGUGACCUUGAUCGUUCCAUAAAUUUUUAUGAGAAGGCCUUUGGCUUGGAACUUCUUCGCAAACGAGACAAUCCGGAGUACAAGUAUACAAUAGCUAUGAUGGGUUAUGGCCCUGAAGAUAAAAAUGUUGUUCUGGAAUUGACAUACAACUAUGGGGUCACCGAAUAUGACAAGGGAAAUGCUUAUGCUCAGAUCGCAAUAGGCACAGAUGACGUUUAUAAAACCGCAGAAGCUAUUAAGCUGUCUGGGGGCAAGAUUACCCGGGAACCUGGACCAUUACCAGGUAUCAACACCAAGAUUACUGCAUGCUUGGAUCCUGAUGGUUGGAAGACGGUUUUUGUAGAUAAUGUUGAUUUUAUAAAGGAGUUGGAGUAAGUUUUAGGAAAAUAUCUUACUAUGCUUGUGACAAUGAAUUCCAAAUCUCGGGCCUAAACGAUUCUUGGAAGUCGUGAGAGUGUAUCAAACCCAUUUUGUAGAUAAGAUUAUAAUAAUUCCGACAAAUGAUUGUUGUUGUAACAGAUAUAUUCCCAUUAGUUUCACAGCUUUGUAGUUUGAGACAAAAAUUAUCUGUUUAAUUAGUAUUUUUCUUCAUAUAUUUCACAUGAAAAAGAAUUUCCUUGCAAAUUACCAAUGUAAGAUUUGGCCACCAUUUCAAACAAGCUGAUCAUAAGCAAAAUAGAUUCUGAGCUA